UCCACGUUUGCGAAAUGAUGUUUGCGCAGUCCGUCAAAUUGGUGUGAUGUGCUUGAAUAUUGUUUCCUCUUGGAAUGGAUUUAGAAGAGGCAUUUCAAUUAGUCGGAGAAUUCGGAUCAUAUCAGAAGCAGAUGGUGUUGGUUCUUGUGUUGCUACAGGUGUAUAUGGCAUGCCAGUCCAUGCUCAUUGUGCUCGUUGGAGCUAUACCAGAAUACGACAUUGAACAAGGUGACCACGCCAACCAUGAGGAGCUCAUCAAACACAUUACAUUUACAGAGGACGUCAACUCCAUCGUGACGGAGUGGUUCCUUCUAAAGCAACAGGCUUACAAGGUCAGCUUGGCAGGCUCUUUGUUCUUCGCUGGGGUCUUGGUUGGAAAUGUUUUUUUUGGACCCCUCUCUGACAAGAUUGGAAGGAAACCAGUCUUCCUAACAGCUCUGUUCUUUGAGGUGUUGUUUGGCUAUGCCACAGCCUUUGCUCCCAGCUAUGAGGUGUUUGCUUUGUCGCGCUUGCUGGUGGGUCUGAUGAAUGGGGGCAUGUCCCUCGUCUGUUUUGUGCUCACCCAGGAGUAUGUGGGCAAGUCCUACUGGGCCAUGACAGGGACCUUGACUAAUAUGACCUUUGCUGUGGGAAUUGCCCUGUUUGGUGCCCUUGGCUACUAUAUCAGACCUUGGCGUAACCUGGCAACAGCAGCUAAUUCUCCUGGCGUCCUGUUUUUUCUUCUUUGUGUGACUCUCCCGGAGUCUCCACGCUGGCUGUAUUCCCGUGGUUACACGGAGAAGGCAGAGGAGGUUUUGCGGUACAUGGCCGUGCGGAAUGGGAACGGCAACGCUGCAGCCAAAGUGAAGCUCCGUAUGUGUCCUGGCUCUGUCAAGACUGGUAACCAGGGCAACAAUGGCCCUGGCCUCCUCGACCUGUUCACCCACCCAGUGCUCCGCAGGAGAACUGUGGUGCUCAUGUAUGUCUGGUAUUCCUGCAGCCUGGUGUACUAUGGGCUGACCAUGAAUGCCAGUGAGGACAGUGGGAACCGCUACUUCAGUGUUGCCAUGUAUGGACUGGUGGAGCUCCCGGCCUACCCUCUCUGUAUCUAUUUCAUAAACAAGCAGUGGGCUGGGAGAAGGAAAACCAUGGCCAGCUUUCUGGGUUUAGCUGGCUUGUCAUGUCUAUGCACCAUGUUUAUCCCUGGAAAUGCUGGGGCAUUGUUCAAUGCUACCUCUUUAGCUUUGUUAGGAAAGCUGUUGGUCAGUGCGGCUUUCAACAUAGUGUACGUCUACACUACUGAACUGUACCCCACUGUUAUAAGGAACGCUGGUCUUGGGGUCUGCUCAAUGUCUUGCAGAGUCGGAGGGAUCCUGGCCCCUUUCGUGCCCUCUUUGAGAGACUUACACACCUCUAUGCCCUUCAUGGUAUUCUGUCUCAGUGGGAUCUCUGCUGGCUGCCUGGGUCUCCUUCUCCCUGAGACACUCAACAAACCUGUGGCAGAGACACUGGAUGAGCUCCGCAGUCCUGCUUACCACCGCAUUGUAGAGACAGAGACACACUUGUUUGAAGAGGACCAAUCGAAAACAAAGCAUAAACUGAAUCAGUGACUUACUCUUUGAACGAGAGAACAGUCAGCGGCAAUCCGACAGAACAGUCAGAGGCAAUCCACAGGAGAGACUCUCGAAGCCUGUCCACACACACACAAGUGAGAGGGACCCGAUGCUCUGUUUCCAUGGUGAAGCAAGGACGGGUCUAGCUACAUGCCGUGAUGGAUGGUGGUCCAUUUUACAGGGAACGGCACACAUGUUUACAAUGUUAUUUUGUUUCUGUGUGUGUGUUAUAUGUUUUGUACUGUAUAGUGAAAUGUGAAGUGCCUUCUAAAUUCGCAGUUUAUACAACAGUGAAUUUAUCAAGUCGAAUGUGAUAUCAAGUAAUCAUGUGAUCAAAUGGAAGAGAACUACAAUUUCUGCCAAAGUUUUCAGUUUCUACUUUGCCAACUAGUCAUCGGGGGCCUAAUUUAUAAUCAUUGCGUACAUUUCAUACUAAAUAGCUGCCUGCGCCAUUUCUGAAAAGACUGCAAGCACAAAAAUAUUGAGAUUUAUAAACUUGGCACACGCAAUUCAUAUGCAGGUUUCCCAUUAUAAAUCAGACCUGUCAUGAAACUGUGAACAAGCAUUUACUCCACCUGAAAAACGCCCAUCAUUCACCUUUUAUGGUGACAAUAAUGCCCUUAUUUUCUGUAUAGAAGUAUUGGAAUUAGGCCAAGACAGUAUCUAAAGGAAAUGGCAAUGGUGACCUUGAUCAAAUGUCUUUGGAGGGAUUGGCAGAAUGUUUUAUUUUGCAGUGACAUUUGUGGUAUCUGACAUUUUCUGAAAGACAGAAACAAUUGCACAUUUUUGUGGACAUGUAAACAGAUCGUCUAAAUGCAAUAAUGUUUUGCAUUAACUUUUUCCCGAACCUAAAUAUGCUGCACUGCCCCCGAAUUCUGAAACAUUGUCUACUCGAAAAAAUGUAGACAGUGGGCCUACUUACAGUGGUAGCCUACACACUUCAAUGCAAAAUAUCAACUGUCUGUUCACCUGUCAAAUUCUACUGUAUGUUAUAAACCACGCACCCUAUUGGAUACAUAGGCUGUUAUAAUUUCAAGUUUUUGCUCUAACUAAUCAUCCCUAUUAAAUGUGAGAUGCGCAUGGUAAUUUGUUGUAUGGCUACUACGGGAAUAUAAACUCAUGGCCAGAAAAGGUGAGGAAUUAAUUUCGCAAUGGUUAUGAUAUGUAUUAUGUUUAUAAAUUAAAUAUUUUCUACACUAGACAUUUCACAUUACAUUACUUGGACGCAGCCUGUGAACAGUCUGUUCUACUGUUAAACCAAACUUCAGAUCGCAUAGAGCAAAAUAGGCUACUUGAAAUAGCUUAUCUGUUUACUACUGUGAAGUGUGUACAAUUAAGUGAGCGACGGGACAAAUUGUAGUUUAUCUUAACUUGUAUCCUAUAGGCUAUUUUGCAAGUAGCCUAUGAAACAUCAGUCAGAAAAGGUGAGGAAUUUAUUCUGAAAUGAUAUAAUGGAAAUGAAAUAAAUAAUAGAAAAUAUAUACCUAUUUCGAAUAAUUUUAGAAUGCGAAGAUACAUUGCUUUUCUCACUAAUGGAAAAUGAUAGCAUCUUAUUUAGCUAGGCCUACCUGUUUUUUGUUGUUAUGAAUAAGUGUCAUCAUAUAUUCCCAAUUUGUAGAAGGCUACUUACUACUAUAAUACUUUUGCCUUCUUGCAAUGUAGGACUUCAACCACUAGAAACUGCGAAUGCAUGGUCUAAAGUGUGCGGGGAGGAUAGCACAUUCUCACGUCAAGUUCAGUUUUUAUAAAUGCCAACUUUUGCGUGAAAAUAGGCACAUGCAUGUUUUUGGACAUAUUUUGUGUGUACGCAACGUUUAUAAAUCAGGCCCCUGAAGCCUAUAGUUUAAAUGGUUUGUUUCAGGUUCCAUAUAAAUAUAAUUUCCAUGUGUUCUGCUGGUCAGAUCAUACGCUAGUUACAAUGUGAAUACAGAUUAUGUAUAAAUAUCUAUCUAUAUUGGAGACAGUGACGAUUUGUACAGUAUUCCAAUACCCCCUCAGGUAAUUGGUUUACAUUGUGUUGAUUCAGGACUUAUAAUUGUUAAUAUUACAGCAAGUAACACCAAUUGUGAAUAGUAGCUUGCAUAAUUAUAUUGUGAUGUAUAAUAUCAUUAUGAGAAUGACAGUGGCACAUGGAACUACUGCACAUGUAAUAAUCUGCCCCCCCCCCCCACCCCACCGGAACAGGGUGCAUUGUAAUGUUCAUGGACAUUUUAAUGUUUCAUAUCUCAAUAGUGUUUAAGAAAAGUAAUUAUAACGGUCACUGCCUGAACUCAGGUCGCGUUUGGCCUUUUCCCCCGGUGAGGUGAUUGUGUCACCAUUGACGCAGACAGGAGAGGCCCAGAUCAACCAUAUUGCCCAGAAGCUCUCAUCAAAGACGGAAGUAACCGCAUAAUGUUUUCCCCCCAUCACUUAUAAUUAUGCCUUAUGGCAGUUGGCCCAUACCACCGGUUCAGUAAGUAGUUGGAGCAGGUUGAAGAGUUGAAACCGUAAUCAUUGUUUUGAUUUAUAUUCCUCUGACACUGUAUGCUUGCCAGCACAGAAAUCCCCUGUUGAAGUAAAUAAACAAUCUCCAACAAAAGUUUGUUGAAAUGAGGUGUUGAAUUGCAA